GUGAAUGUUCAAUCUCUCAACUCGUACAACUGUGCAACAGCACAACGCAGCUGGCUUGGUGGGUAAAUAUAGUAACUGCCCAGUAAAUAACAGAAGAGCGCCCCAGUGCCACCCGAGAACCCAGCGGCAAGGCGUUAAAAUGGCGAUAGAGUAAGAGCGGAGUGCUUUUCUUUCUAUCCAGGCGUAGACACUAGCUCGCCGGGCUGUGCAGGCGGAAAGCACCGAUGUUUGUGCAGGAGGAGAAGAUUUUCGCGGGGACGGUGUUGAAGGUCCACAUCUGCACCGUGGAAGGAGCAGAGUGGCUGGAGGAAGUAACAGAUGACACUACCAUAGAGAAACUCAAGGAAAUGUGCUUGAAACACUGUGUUCAUGGAAGCCUAGAAGACCCCAAAACUGUGACUCACCACAAACUUAUCCACGCUGACUCUGAAAGAGUGCUAACCGACACUAAAACUGUAGUAGAGGAGAAGAUUAAAGAAAAAGAUGUCUUGCUGUUAAUUAAAAAACGUGCCCCUCCUCCACCUCCCAAGAUGCUUGAUGUUUCUGCAGAGGAAAAGAAAAAGCAGGAACAAAGAGCUCCAGACAAAGAAGCCAUCUUAAAAGCAACAGCAAACCUACCUGCACGCCAUUCUGAUCGGAUUGUCACGCAGCACAACAUGCGAGAUUUUCAGACAGAACUCAGGAAAAUCCUUGUGUCACUUAUUGAAGUGGCACAGAAACUGCUGGCACUGAACCCCGAUGCAGUAGACCUGUUUAAGAAGGCCAACGCCAUGUUGGAUGAAGAUGAAGAGGACAGAGUGGAUGAGGUGGCACUCCGACAGCUGACUGAAAUGGGCUUCCCAGAGCGCAGAGCUGUUAAAGCGCUGCGUCUUAAUCAUAUGUCGGUGACGCAGGCGAUGGAGUGGCUGUUCGAGCAUGCAGAUGAUCCCACUGCUGAUGCCCCUGUGCCUGGCCAGGAGGCGACCGGAGCCACUGCUGGACCUUAUACCGCAGCAGCAGCGUCAAUAUCAUCAGCAGCAGCAGCAGCUUCAAUACCAUCAGCAGCAGCAGCUUCAAUACCAUCAUCCUCAUUAUCAGCAGCAGCAGCUUCCAGUGCAAAAGUCGCUUCAGAAGCCGCCACUGAAUCCUCGAAGCAGGACGAGCUAACAGAAAUCUUUAAAAGGAUCCGAAGGAAAAGAGAAUUUCGACCAGAUUCACGAGUAGGUUGUUCCAAAGACAUUUUCAGGCUACAUUCUCCAAACCGAUUUACUGCCAAACGUGAUUGGCACCUUUUAUCAGGUAGUAAAAACGGAUCCAAUGAAGUUAGCAAACCAGAAAUGCACGACUUGCACAUCUUCCAGUGUGACUGGUUGCUGGGAGACAGGAAGCCCUCGCCAGAAGAUUUAGAUAAGGGUAUUGACACAAACAGCCCCUUGUUUCAGGCCAUCCUGGAAAACCCUGUUGUACAGCUGGGACUUACCAACCCAAAAACACUUUUAGCAUUUGAAGACAUGCUGGAGAACCCGUUAAACAGUACUCAGUGGAUGAACGAUCCAGAGACGGGGCCUGUAAUGCUACAGAUAUCUAGGAUCUUCCAGACACUAAACCGAGCAUAGGGUCUCCCUCCUGCCUGGGCGGGCAAGCUGUCCUCAUGCACUGGAAACUAGGUGGGCUCUGUGCAGUGGGAAAGCAGCAGUGAUCCU